GGUCUGCAAAGACUCAGACAGAAGUAAGAGAACCUGAGGGAGCCAGCCGGGGAGGGGCCUUUUGUCUGGAAGGGAUACAGUCACCGUUUCAACCCCGGCCCUGGAACAUACACGGCUGUUCUUCGAAGGCUCUGCGUGCGUCCAAGGAGCGCUCCGUCAUGGACAUCCAUUUUCUGUAGGGACACAAAGGAGUGCAUGUUUUUGGGAGCUCCUAUAACUGCUCUUCUUCUCCCUGUCAGCCGCACUGCUUUAUUUUCACCGACCAGUUAUCGUUGAGAACCGCACCCCCUCCCUAUCCUCUCUUUUUCACCGAUUACUCAUUUUUCCCACCUCCCUUUCGGCCUCGAUCAAACACAGUAACGCUGCAAAGAUGCCCAGCUCUGUCUUCGCGGACAGUAGCGUCCAGGGAGAAGCUCUGGACGACCAAAGAGCCCUGCAGAUCGCCCUGGAUCAGCUGUCCCUCCUCGACUUGGACAACGAGGAGAACCUCCUUUUCGACAACGACCAGGAGCCCAAGAAAAGGAGCGUCAACAUGACGGAGUGCGUCCCAGUGCCCAGCUCCGAACAUGUGGCCGAGAUUGUGGGCAGACAGGGUUGCAAGAUCAAAGCGCUCCGAGGAAAGACCAACACCUACAUCAAGACCCCCGUUCGAGGCGAGGAGCCUGUGUUUGUGGUGACAGGCAGGAGGGAGGAUGUGGCGAUGGCCAGGAGGGAGAUCAUCUCUGCCGCUGAGCACUUCUCCAUGAUCAGGGCCUCUAGGAACAAAAACACCAGCCUGAACAGGAGCGGCACCCCAGCCCCUGGACCGCCAAACCUGCCUGGACAGACCACUAUACAGGUUAGGGUGCCCUACCGUGUGGUUGGAUUGGUGGUUGGUCCAAAGGGUGCAACAAUCAAGCGCAUCCAGCAACAGACCCACACUUACAUUGUGACACCCAGUCGAGACAAAGAGCCGGUAUUCGAGGUGACGGGAAUGCCGGAGAAUGUAGACAGAGCACGUGAAGAGAUUGAAGCCCACAUCGCCGUGAGGACAGGAGGCCUUAUUGAGGUACAGGACGACAAUGACUUCCAUGCUAAUGGGACAGAUGUUGGUGCAGAUCUCCAUGGGCACUCAAACAUGUGGUCCAAGCUUGGUGUUGGAAUGACCCCUAACUCUGCACGUAAACCUUUCUCUAACUACCGCAAUGACUCAUCCUCCUCCCUGGGCAGUGCCUCCAGUGACUCUUACUUUGGCAACAACAUCGCCGACAACAGCCCGAGUGGGCCUUCACCAAGUUACACCACCUCAAACAACAACAGCAACAACAAUAACAACAUCAACACAAACAGCAACAUGUACGAGUACGGAAGGGAAGUGAUCUCACCUGCCUGCACCGACCACUCUUUUGACUCCUCACCAGGGUUUGACCUGACAACAACCCCAAAUGGCCUCCUGUGGUCCCAGUGUGAUAGUCUAAUGACCCCUUCCUCCACUGGAAGCAGCUCCCCCUCCUCCACCUCAGCCAUGUUCCCUACCAACAUGACUAUGAAUGCCAAUGGAAUGGUGGUCAAUCAGAAAAGGGUCGAUGGUUGCACCCCUCAGCUAAGUCUGUCACCUCCCCUCCACAGUCACAAUGGAGGCCCCGCUGAGCACCCGCUAUCCCGCAGAGCGUGCAGCGACCCAGGAGGAAGCCCCCUCAGUUUUAACAGUUACUCCAGCACUAUUGCCUCCCUGCCAGACUCUCAUCUCCACGGGAUUGCAUGCGACUCCUCUGCCUCUUCAUCAUCAUCCUCUUCCUCCUCCUCUUCAUCUAGCACCAGCCGAAAAGGCAGCCGCGAUUGUUCCAUGUGCUUUGAGAGCGAGGUCAUUGCAGCGCUGGUUCCUUGUGGGCACAACCUCUUCUGUAUGGAAUGUGCCAAUCGUAUCUGUGAGAGGAUUGAGCCCAGAUGCCCCGUCUGCCACACCGGUGUCACUCAGGCUAUACGCAUAUUUUCAUAAGAACUGCAACUUGUGUUGUUUCACCAAUAAGACUGGCUGCAGUAGUGACAACGGACUUCUCACUCUGCUUUAAAAGACUCAACCGAGCAUCAGUUUGGUUUGUACAAAGGUAUAUGUAUAUAUAUGUCACAAAGAAGCAUCAGGCACCCUUUGAGGCUGCGUAGUAGUUGAUCAUAAUAUGCUGUAGCCUGGGGAAAUAUUUUUAUCAUCAAGUGCAUGCUCAAAUUAUAACAGCAUAGUAACCAAUAGUUCUUGUAAAGUGUACCCUUUAUUUAUGAAGAGAACCCAGGGGUGUGACGCUGGAUGUACUGAGGUCAACCUGCAGACUCUUUGCAGGCUGAGCUGUCUUGUAUUAGUGGUCGAAUGUAAAAAGGGGGGCAAGCCAUGGCUGGGAAACACUGAAGGUUCCAGCCAACAGGACUCCUGACUUACAAAGAUUAUGCUGCUGAAGAGAGAGAGCAACAACAUAUCCUACAUUGAAGUGUAUAUUUCUGCCAGUUUAAGGUUUUAAUGAUGUUGAAACAGAUUGAAAUACUUUAUUCUUUUUUGACUUGAAGAUUAUAUUUGUUAUGGCAAAGAUGUUUACAGAUAUCAUUAUUUAAGUUCAGUGAGCUUUUUUUGUAGCUGGGUUGAAUUUUAUUUUUAUUAUGGCCUUAUGGCGAUGUUUACUGCAUGAUUAUAGGGGGGAUGUAAUUCCACAAAAUAUGCAUUGCAUUAUUUUUUGGGGAUGGAGUUUUUAUAUGUUUGGCAAAAAAAGAAAGUAUUUUAAAUGUUCUUCACCCAGCAUAUUUUUUAUUCAGUAUCUAAAAGCAUACUUAUGCUAUUUAGCAUAACAUUGAAACGUACCUAACUUAGUAAGUUCAACUCAAAGGAAACAUCUAUGCUGUCUUAAAUUUGUAUGAAUUAGAUCCAGUGGGACUUUCAGGCUUCUGUUGCACCACUGUAGUUUUAGUAUUUCUAUUUUAAUACAUUUGUUUACAACUUGUUUAUGUAUAUGUUGGGGGAUUUCCUUGAGCGUAAUGACAUUUAUUAAGCAGAUUUUAAGAACAAAGUAUACUUUAUUUUAUGAUAAAGGAUCAACGGUCAAAUAUUAUUGUUAUAUUUACUGAAACCAGAUUUGAAAUGUAUCAAGAGUUUUAUUUUUCUGACAUUUAACUCAUAAAUGAUAAAAUGUAAAUCUUAAGUAACGGUGCUAUCUCACAUUUUUUAAGUAUUUAUAUACAAGUCCAAUAAAAAGGUAUGUUCAG